AUGCCGGAACUAAGAGCGAUUAGUAAAGUUUUCACCGCCAUCGAACAGGCCGAAGGUGCGGGAGCUAGAGUACGACGCUCCAUUGGCAGCGAACAACAGCGCAACUUCUCACCAUUUCUCAUGCUGGACUACAUGAAGAGCGGUAAUGGUGCAGGUUUUCCCGAUCACCCCCACCGAGGUCAAGAAACAGUGACCUACAUCCUCAAGGGCGCUAUUGAGCACGAGGAUUUUGCUGGGAACAGGGGCAUUUUGAAUGCUGGAGACUUGCAGUUUAUGACUGCGGGUAGAGGCAUUAUGCAUUCCGAACAGCCGGUCGAAAGCCCUGAUGGAAACCAAAGUGCUGGCUUACAGUUGUGGGUUGACCUCCCAGAACAUCUCAAGAUGUGUGAGCCCAGAUAUCGAGAUCUGAGAGCCAGCGAAAUCCCGAUUGUGCAUCUAGACGACGGCAAGGUUCUUAUCAAAGUCAUAUCAGGCAAGGUCGGUGAUGUCGAUGGCGUCAAAGACUUGUCAUAUACCCCUGUGUGGUAUCUAGAUGUUGAGAUUCACCCAGGUGGCUCGCUAGUCCAACCCCUACCUAAGGAUUGGAAUGCAUUCUCUUUUGUCUUUGAUGGAGGAGACGCCGUUUCUAUCCAGGUUGCUGAGAGCCAAGGCUACAGCGCUCGCCUUCUCUUAAUCGCCGGCCAGAUCCUUGACCAACCGAUCGUUCAGCAUGGGCCAUUCGUUUCAACUAGUGCUGAAGGCAUUCGUCAGGCUUUCAAAGAUUUCUACGAGGGUAAAAAUGGAUUUGAGAGAGCAAAGGGAUGGCAGAGUAACAACACCAAGCGCAGACUGAGUAUAUAG